AUGACAUUUUCUGGAGCAGAAGCUUCGAUUCGGUAUGACAGACAAGUUCGAUUAUGGGGAGAAGAAGGACAAUCAUCAAUCGGAGCAACAACAGUUUGUCUACUUGGCUCAGAUUCAUUGGGAACUGAAAUAUUGAAAUCGCUAGUUCUCGCUGGAAUUCAAUCAUUUUUUAUUGUCGAUGAUGCAAAAGUUGAAAUCGCUGACAUCGGACAAAAUUUCUUUUUGCACAUCGAAGAUGUUGGAAAAAAUCGAGCCGAAGUUACUCUCGAAAAAUUGAAAGAAUUGAAUCCAUCAGUCGCCGGUUUUGCUUCAACAAUUUCACCGACUCAAUUACACGAAACUGAUAUUGGAAAAAUGUGCGAAUUUUCAGUGGUUGUUGCUGCAAAUCAAACUGAAAAUAUUGAAUCAUUAUAUGCGAAUAUUUUAUGGUCUCAAGGAGUUCCAUUGGUUUGCGCAAAAACAUCAGGAUUUUUGGGGACUAUUCGAAUUUGUGUCAAAGAACAUACAAUCGCAAAUUCGCAUGAAGAAAAUCCUCGACCAGAUAUGAGAUUGGAUAAUCCUUUCCAGGAAUUAGUAGAAAUUAUAAAUGAGACAAAUUUGGAUGAAAUGACAAUUGAUGAACUUCGACAUACACCAUACAUUUUGAUACUUUUCAAAGCUUUGGAAAUUUAUCGAAAAAAUCGGCAAAAUCCAAAUGCAUUUCCACAAUCAUAUUCCGAUCGAAAAGAAAUUCAAUCAAUUGUUUUAUCAUUGCGAAGAAGUAGCGAAGAAUCAGGAACAAAAGAUUCGGAGAAUUUUGAUGAGGCAAAAAUGGCAGUGACGAGAGCAUUUCAAAAAACAGAGGUUAGAAAUGGGGGCGGGAAGAAUUGGAAAUGAAAUGAAUUAUGAAUUUCACGUUUAAAAAAAGAUUUGUGAAAGUUCACGUUUUGAAAUUGAAAAUAAAUUAUUUUAGUGCUUAUUUUUUGCUGGAAAUCUUUCAAGUUGAAAAUUUUGGACAGUUUAUGAAUCAAUUUUGAAUUCCCAAAAUAUGUUUCUUUCAGAUUCCAAGCUCUGUUCAACAAAUCCUCAAUGAUCCAAAUUGUUCAACAUCAACCGAACCAUUUUGGAUAAUUUGCGAAGCUCUCCGUCGUUUUGUCGAUUCAAAUAAUGGAUAUCUUCCAGUUCGCGGAGAUUUACCCGAUAUGACAUCAGAUAGUAAACGAUAUACACGAUUAGCAACAAUAUUCCACGAAAAAGCAUCGAUUGACGCGAAAAAAGUUUUGGAAUUAACAAGAGAAGUGGAGAAAGAGAGAAAUUUGGAAGAUUUGAUGAUUAGUGAGGAAUUGUGUUAUCGAUUUUGUAAAAAUGCGGAUAGAAUUCGGGUUCAAAGAGGGCAGAGUUAUGAUGUUCAACGGGAAAUAAAGGUAUAUCUUCAUUUUUAACUUUAACAGCCAGAAUUUCGAACUCAAUUUUUAGAGUAUUAUCGAUUUGAUUAAACAUUUGUCAAUUGAUAGUGAAAAUGAUAAAUCAGUGGAUGGUUCAAUUUGGUUAUUAUUACUUCGAGCUGUUGAUCGUUUUCAUAAUGAAAAGGGAAGAUAUCCAGGAACAAAUGGAGUUCCUUGUACAAUUGAUGCAUUUGAUUUGACACAAAGAGUUGAGACUAUUGUCAAAAAAGCUGCUGAAACUCAAGAAGAAUCAAUUAAAAUAAUGAAUAGAAUUCCGAAAAAUGCGAUUGAUGAGAUUUGUAGAUAUGGAGCAGCUGAAUUACAUGUUGUUUCUUCAUUAAUUGGUGGAAUAACAUCUCAAGAAGUUAUCAAAUUGGCUACAAAUCAAUAUGUUCCAUUGGAGAAUACUUUUGUUUUUGAUGGACAUACACAACAAUCAACUACACUUAAGAUUUAG